AUGAUUAACAGAAGCUUAAGAGUAUUCGCAAGGAGAUUAGGACCUCUUUCGAGAUCUCCUAUUACCAAUAGAGUAAUUCCUUCUAACAGGAUGAUUAUUGCAUCGCAAAUUAAAAGCAUGCGUUUUUCAUCAUCGGAUCUGAAAAAUGGCAAUUCUAAUACAGCAUCGAUCAAAGUUGAUGAUCCUCAACUUAUGAUUGCAUUCACAUGUAAAAAGUGUGAUACUCGUUCGUCUCAUACCUUUUCAAAGCAAUCAUACCAAAAAGGAACUGUGCUAAUUCAAUGUCCAGGUUGCAAAAACCGCCAUUUGAUAGCAGACAACUUGAAAAUAUUUAAGGACAACAAGUUCAGCUUGGAGGAAGUACUUAAAGCUAAAGGAGAGUCUGUGGCUACGGGGACCGAAGAUUUAGCGUUUAAUGAUAUUCCAGAGAGCUUGAGAGAUACGAUUGGCCACCAUGCCAAAGAUGCACCAGAAGAAUACAAGAAGAAAAUUUAUGGAACAGAGGAAGAAAAUAACGAAAUACAAGGUAUUUCUGAUAAGAAAUGA